ACCUUGGAGACAACCUGCUCAGCCUCAAUGGGCUUUGAUGUGCUCCUGGAUCAAGCUGGAGAUCUGGGGAGAUUUCAGAUCCUUCAGAUUGCUUUCUUUUUUGUCGCCAAUGUUAUAACAUACACUCAUAUUCUGUUGGAGAACUUCACUGCAGCCAUCCCUGGGCAUCGCUGCUGGGUCCCCGUCCUGGACAACCACAGCACCUCUGGCAAUGACUCUGACAUCUUCAGCCAAGACGCCCUCCUGAGAGUCUCCAUCCCGCUGGAUGCAAAUCUGAGGCCAGAGAAGUGCCGUCGCUUCACCCAUCCCCAGUGGCAGCUCCUUCAUCUGAACAGGACCUUCCCCAAUGUAAGUGAGUCAGACACAGAGCCCUGUGUGGAUGGCUGGGUGUAUGAUCAGAGCUCCUUCUCCUCCACCAUUGUAACUAAGUGGGACCUCGUCUGUGAAUCUCAGUCAUAAAAAUCAGUGGUUCAAACCCUGUUCCUGAGUGGGUCGCUGCUGGGAAGUCUGAUAUUUGGCUAUCUCUCAGACAGGUAUGGAAGGAAGGGGGUUUACACAUGGUGUCUCCUCCAGACGGCCAUCAUGGACACCUGUGCCACCUUUGCUCCCACCUUCCUCAUCUUCUGCAUUCUACGCUUCUUGGCUGGAUUUUCUGUCAUAAUUGUUUUGUCAAACUCUACCAUUCUUGCAUCAGAGUGGGCAUCACCCAACUCGCAACAUAUAGGAGUAACACUGUUGUUAUGUGCCCACAGCAUUGGGCAGAUACUCUUGGGAGGAUUAGCUUUUGCCAUUCAUGACUGGCACACACUGCAUCUGACUGUGUCGAUACCCUUGUUUGUCCUGUCCUUGCUCUCCAGGAGGCUGGUGGAGUCUGCUCGGUGGCUGAUUACCACCAAUCAGCUAGCUGAGGGCACCAAGGCACUUAGAAGAGUUGCACACAUCAAUGGAAAAGAGAGUGCUGGAGAGAUCCUGACCCUUGAGUUUGUGAGGUCCACCAUGCAGGAGGAGAUGGACAAAGCCUCAACCAAACCAUCCGUGGUCGAGGUGUUCCAGGCACCCAAACUGCGCAUGAGGAUUCUCUACCUGAGCUUCCUGAGGCUGGGAACCACUAUACCCUUUUACGGUUUGAUACUCAACCUACAGGAACUGGGGAGCAGUAUCUUCAUGUUCCAGAUCCUCUUUGGAGCUGUCACAUUCAUAUCCAGAUGUAUUAUCCUUUUGAUAACUAAAUACAUGGAUCGUCGGAUCAGUCAGUCGUUGUUUUCCUUCCUUGCAGGACUUUGCAUUCUGGUCAACACCUUUUUGUUCAAAGAAAUGCAGACUCUACGUGUGAUUUUAGCAACUGUGGGAACUGGUGCUGUUUCUGCUGCCACUGCUACUUUUGCAGUCCAAAAUGCAGAACUCAUCCCUACAAUAUGCAGGUCAACAGUUGCAGGAAUCCAUAAUGUGUCCUCAAGAAUUGGGGCAGUACUAGCGCCCCUCCUGAUGACCUUAGUGGUGUAUUCUCCCCACCUGCCCUGGAUCAUCUAUGGAGUCUUCCCCAUCCUUUCUGGCCUGAUUGUGUUUGGCCUUCCGGAAACCAGGAAUCAACCUCUUCCUAACACCAUUCAGGAUGUGGAAUAGGAGUGAGUAAAUCCUGUAGCUGUCACCAGAGUGGGGAGCAGCUGUGUCAAUAGCACUGCCAUGGGGAAAGGAAUGACCCUUUACGGUUUUGUCCAAGUGGGCUCAGACCAGGGUUGUUUGUCUCCAUGUCCUUGAAUUCACUGGCAGCCUUGCCCCAUCCACAGAGGUGUCAGAUUCUUUGUGAGGUUGUGAGGUUCUCUAGGUCACAGAGACCAUUCUAGACGAGUAGGGUUAGUGAUGAAAUAGCCAAAAGUAGUCUCAUUAUGAAUGGUUCAUGCUCUCUACCCUUACAAGGAUGACACACUCCUAAGGUUUUCUCAUAAACUUACUAAAACUGAAAUGCUUCACUCUCAUCAUGCCGCUUUUAUCAUCCAUCAACCCAAUGAUGCUUGAUAAAAAUGGGAAAGAAACUCAGUUCUCCUAAUGGAUAUAAACCUGUUCAGUGAUUUAGUUAGAAUUAUGGGACUGGAGUAUGGACAAGCUUCUUUGCAGAAUGCCACUAUGUCUACAGGAAGUUGGUCUGUUGGAAUUUUGUGAGAUAUGUGCAGUUAUUCUGUAUUUCUUUGUUUCUUGACUUUGUUUUUGUUGGAUUUCUUUUUCCAGCACAAAAGAUUCGAGGAGAGUAAAGGAUGAUGAUACUUUCCUGAAAACCACACAAUUUUAAGGCAUUCCCAAGAAUCGACCCAAAGAAGAGCUAAAUAAGGAGGAAAAAAUAAAGCUUGAUCCUAUAUAUCUAUAAACCAGUGAAAAUAUAAUGUUCAAAUGAAUGCCUUUUACAUUCAUAGAACAAAAUAUAUCAAUUUUCCCAAAAUAAUUAUUAGUUCUCAAUUCCACAAAGCAGCUGUUUAUAUGGGGGACUAGUUGAAAGCUAGCUCCGAAUUCAUCUGCAAAUUAUUAACAGCCAAGGUGUCUUAGAAAAAGCAGCAUUCUUUAUUUGUUCUAACCAUUGCACUCAGGGGUAUUACCAAAGGAAAUGAAAUCAUUAUGUCAAAGAGAUAUCUACACUUGCAUGUUAAUUGCAACACUAUUCCUAAUUACCAAAAUGUGGAAGCAAUGUAAAUGUCCAAUAGAUGAAUAAAUACAGAAUAGUUUGUAUAGAUACUGAAUAUUAUUCAGUUGUUCAAAACAUAUUAUCCUAUCAUUUGCAACAAAAAGGAUGGAUCAGGUGGACGUUAUGAGAACUGAAAAUUGACAAGCAUGGAAAGACAAAUGCUGCAUAUCUCACUCAUACAUAGAGUCUAAGAUAAAUCGAUCUCACAGAAAUAGAGCAUAGAUGAUGGUUACCUGAGGCUAGGCA